AUGGGUGACCUGUGGUUACUCCUGCUCCUGCCACUGUCCCUGGAAGCCCUCCAUGGGGUCAAAGGCUGUUUGGAGUGUGACCCCAAAUUCAUAGAGGAUAUUAGGACCGUGCUGACAAAUCUGGUACCCUCAGAAGUCCCUGGCCGAAAUCAACUGCUUGAACGGCAGUUUAAGGAGACGAUCCAUUUAAGCUCCAAGGUCUCCCACGGGAACAAGAUGCUUCGGGUAUUGGCUGUUCAAAAGGUUGUCAAGUUGAGAACAUGGCUGAAGAACGAAUUUUAUAGACUGGGCAAUGAAACGUGGAAAGGUGUCUUUAUCUUUCAAGGCAAGCUUCUUGAGAUCCGCCAAAAACUGGAAUCCGAAGUGAAAGAAACAUUAACGGCCUUCUCUGAAGUUGCUUGUUCUGAAGAUUGCAUUGUGACUGAAGGUCCUGUCCUUGAUUGUUGGACUUGUCUUCGCAUCACCACCCGGUGCUUCAGAGGAGAAUAUUGUAGAGAAGAGGAUCCUAGGAAGGCUGAACAGCGAGAGAUUACAUUAUUUCUUGUAUUGCUGGCAGAAGCUGGAAUAUUGGCAAGUGCUGUGUUACUAUUCUAUAUGUGUGUCUCUCAUCGGAGGAAAAUGCAGACAAUACGAAAGACGCUAAAAAAAUAUUUGGAGAAGAAACUUGAAGAAUUAGUGGGGUCUGCAGAUGAGGAAGAGAGAAAAGAUUCUGGACCUAGAAAAUAA